AAGAAUAGACCAGCAGAAAGAAGUACGCUGCUUAGAGAUCGGGGCAUACUUUUGAAUCAACUGGAUCUGCUGCAGAACAAACAGGAAUUAUGAAGUUGAGGUUUUAGCUUUACCAGCCUUUUAUUCACCUUGCUGUUUCACUUGGCAUGUGGUCUUAAAUCUUUGCUGACAGCUGCUUCACUAUUUUUUGCUGUUAAAGGACACGUGACUGUGUGAGCUGAGGCAGGGAAAAGGAGACGAGCCGUUGGUGUAUGGACUAAACUCACUGUUCUUUUCUCUGUUUUUCCAUUGGGCCGUGGCUGCCAUGAAUUCUUUGGGAGGCUCGCCUUACCUUAUGAGGAGGAUUUACGGUGCCAUUCUGAAUAUGUGAUUAGAGCAGUGUUAUGGUUAAAGAUGCAUAACUUCUUUAGACCUGUAGGGGUUUAAAAACCAAAAAAAAAAAGUCUGUCCCAGACAGUAUUUAAAGUCUUUUGAAUGAGUUAAACUUAGAUCCAAACAACACUGUCAGUGAGAUGAAUCCUUUCAGGCAAUAUUUUAUGAUACUCUUUGAGUGGAUAAGCUUAUGGCUGAGAUAUGGUCUUACAAGACUUUGGAGAGAUUUUCCAGUGGUCAAUACUUGGAUAGCUUCCCCAGGUAUCACAGAUAGGCGAUCAUGCCAAGAAGACUCAGAGGAGUGGAAAACCAAUGAGGCACUCCGCACAUAUCACCUUGGAGAUGGAAGUGAAACCAUGGUUACAGUCCAAACCAGUACACAUGCUUUCCAUGCGGACCUGAGAAGACUUUCAGAGUGCAGCGAGUACUUCCGGGCGUUGUCCCAGUCCAAAAUGAGAGAGACCUCAGAGAGCCUCAUCCACCUGGACCAUGUGUCUUCCUCCGUCUUCUACAAUCUCCUUGAGUUCUCCUUCCAUAAUAAGUUUGGGGUCCCUCAGGAGGAGCUGGGCACACACAUCCAGGUCAGCAGCUACCUCCUUACUCAGGCCUUCCUCUCAAAGUGCCUUUCAGUCCUGGCGGAUGAACUCAGGCCAGAUAACUGUUUAUCCUACCUGAAUCUGGCUCAGGAGAUCUGUUGUGCAGAGCUGAAGAUGACAGUGUUCAGCUACCUGAGUAGAAACUUGAUGGAGCUGUCACUCCUCACCCGGUGUCUGAACGAUGAGGAGAAGGAUGAAGUUGUCAACAUGAGGAUACAAGGAGACCGACAUCUUUGCACCCUCAGGAAAGAGAACCUUACUACUUGGAACGACCCAGAAACAGAACGUGCCCGACAUAUCUUCAUCCUAAACGGCUCGGAGGACAGUGAAGACUGGCAUCCAGUUACAGAGCUUCCUUUCAGGGCGGAUAAGUGGUGUUUCACUACAGUGGUUCUGUAUAACUACCUGUACAUCAUAGGAGGCUACCGGCACCGUGCGAGGAGAGGCUUAGAGUUCAAAAUGGCUUCCUUUAGGUAUAAUCCCUUCACUCAUACAUGGGUCUCCACCGCUCCUCUGAUUAAGCACAGAAGACACUUCAGUGCGGUGGCCUGUGAAGGCUGUAUAUAUGCCGUGGGAGGCUGGUACCUGGACUCCCUGGUGAGUCCAGACUCCAGCACGGCUCUCUAUACAGCUGUAGAGUGCUAUGAUCCAUGGGAGGACGCAUGGAGGUUUGUCUCCUCACUGCCACUCACUGACUUCCAGUUUACUGUGUCCUUGUCCCAUGAUGUGCCCCUUGCUACUAGCCUUGGACACUGUCUUUAUGUGUUGGGCAGCAUCCAGAGGACUGGAGAGAAACUGCUGCUUCAGUACAACACCCAGCAAGACUCCUGGUCUGAACUGCUUCCCACCCUCACCAGAGCAGAUGCAGACCUCCCUACUCUUUACUUCCUGGGUGUCACUGACAGGCUGCUUGUGAUUGGUGGAAACAACUCCGAGAACGUCGUGACAUCGUUCUGUGUGCAGUCACAGAAAUGGGGAGAAGUGCGCAGGGCUGAGAAAGUGGCAUUUGCAGGACAGGGGACAGUUGCAGAUGACGAGGUCCUGAUGCCAAGUAUCGAACAUAACACUGUUGCAAAGCUAGAUCUCCAAACUCUCUCCCUCAGAGCUUUUCCUCCUCUACCAGUCUCCGCGCGCUAUGAAGCUGUCUUUUAUCUUCACUUCUAAUGUUAUAGUUAUCUUCUUUGCAAUACUCUACAUAUUUUGUCAUUGUUUUUUGUGGUUGAAUGUAGUAGUACUUAAGUCUUCCUCAGUCAUAAGGCGAUAAACUCCUUAGGUGGAUUUUCCAUGGGGGUUUAUCAUUGUCUCUUGUGUUUAAAAUCUCGGUCCUUUCUGUUGAACUUUGAUUCUACAGGCACACCACAGUUAGAAUAAGGCACUGUGGUAACUUAAAAUUGCUUUUAUCCAUUCUUCCGAUGGGACUUUGGUGCUUAUGGGACUUUUUUUUGACUUGAAUUGACUUGGUUCUGUUUGUGUGCCAAGAAAUUCUGUAUAUAUAUAGUUUUUGCUGUUCUCGCUUGUUUGUGAGAUUCAAAAUCCCAAUGGAUUUCUUUUUGGUUAAUAAAGGUUUUUUUUAUGAAUAAGGAUCUACAGAGGUUAUCCUGAAUUGUAACCUCCAGUCCAAGCCUGGAGAGCCUGUUCCCUUUUACCUUUGUUUAUUUUUUGUUAGUUGUUUACAU